AUUGAACCAAAAUAGCCGAUGAGUUAUAUUUAGACUGAGGGCGAGAAGCACAGCUAGCUUGUUAGCUUUAGCCCUAGCUUUAGUGCAAAUGCUCAGUGCUCAGUUUCACAAAAUAAACUGACUUUCGGCUUUUUGCAAUGACUAUUUUUCACGUUUGCAAUCCAGCUCGUUAUAAACUCCCUGGAGUGUGUAGUUUAAAUGCAGCAUGUGGUUCAGUGCUGAGAUACAUCUAGAUCAGACCAGAGCGUGACCAUGGAUGAGGAGGACAGCCAGGAUGAGAUGAUCAACAGGAACGUGUCCCACGGGAAAGGGAAGAGACCUGCCAUGUCCAUCAUCUCUGACGACGAGGACGACUCGGCAGAUGAGAGGGAAUCAGAAGACGGAGAAACAGGCAGCGAGGAAGAGGAUGAUGACCAAGAGGAAGUCCUUGAUGAAGAGGAGGAGGAGGAGGAGGAAGAGGAUGAAAGUGAAGAUGAGGACUCUGCUAAGGUGCUGGGAGGAGCUGUAGGGGGUGUUGCUGUGGAUGCGGCGGGUCUGAGCUCAGACGAGGACUCGGAGAAAUGCCCCGUCUGUCUGAACUCAUUCCACGAGCAGCCCGUGGCCACGCCGGAGUCCUGCAACCACUACUUCUGUCUGGACUGCAUCCUGGAGUGGUCAAACAAUGCCAACUCUUGUCCUGUGGACCGGAUAGUCUUCAAUAACAUUCUCCUGAGAAAGUGCUACGGUGGGAAAGUUCAGAAAACAAUUGCGGUGAAGAAGCCUGUAAGACCUGGGGAGGAGCAGGAGGAUGUGGACUUGGAUCAGACCAGCUGUGAGAUUUGCGGGGGUCGAGACCGUGAAGAUCGUCUCCUGCUCUGCGAUGGAUGUGACGCUGGGUAUCACAUGGAGUGCCUCACACCGCCGCUGGACGCUGUGCCUGUAGAGGAAUGGUUCUGCCCAGAGUGCAUCGCCAACAACCGCACAUCAGGUUCUGAACAAAUCAGUGAGGAGGAGAGCAGCUCUGUCCCCACCACCAGCCAUCCCCGGUCCAGACCCACCCGUGCCAUCGCACGCACCCAGCACAGCGAACGAGUUCGGGCCAACGUCAACAGACGGCGCAUCACACAGGCACGCACUGCAGCGCAGCUCGCUCCCAGAUAUAUGAUGCAGUCCACAUGGUUGGACGAGACCAUCAAUGCUGUAGUGGCCGGACUCAACACGGCUGUUUAUGUGCGAGACUUGACCCCUCGCUCCAAACCCCACCGGAGGAGAAAGACCGUUAAAAGAAGGAAAACCAAAAGCAAAUCCUCAGCAACCUCAGGGGGAAAAACAAACAUGGGAGUCAAGAGACGGAAACGCAAAGUGAGGAAGUCAAAAUCCAGAAGAAAACUGGUCCUAAAGAAGGGAACCAAUUCCCGAGGUCGUAUUGCACGGAGUUUAGGCAUUAAGAAGCCCAAGUCUGGCUCCAUGAUUCCUUCAGUUUAUCGGCCUUCAGAGUACAGUUUAGGAAGCAUGCGUGCAGAAAUUGGAGCAGCCUCGCUCUCAGUGUAUGGAGAUCCCUUUGACCUGGACCCCUUUGACGAUAGGGAAGAUGAGAUUCAAGUCCCAACACCAGCCUCUGUUUUGGAUGCUAAACGCCGUGGCCUUUCCCGUUCUGCCUUGCGUUCCCAUCAGCCUGUGGCCAGACCCAUAUCUGCAGGACUCUCCAGGGGAGGUGUGAGUGUCCCAGAGGAAGCCCCUGUAUCAGAUCUGCUGGGAAGCAUCCUCAGUGGUCAAAGCAUGCUCCUCAUGGACAGUUCAGAUGUGGUCAUCAACAGAGAUGGUUCCCUCAAAGCAACCAAAGGUGUGUCCCUGUCCUUGCCAAGAAACACUUCCCCUAGAGGUUCAAGCUUAGAGGAAACAGGGAACACCCCAAACUCAGAAACAAGUCUCAUUCAACCCUCUGGAGGGGCUGGUCCUUCCUCCAGCCCAUUGAGGAGGCCCCCACCAGCACACAGCUCUCCUGGGUCCUGUUCCACACCACAGAAUCCUAUGUCUCCACUCUCCCCUCAUCUUCCUCACUCUCACCUGUCUCCCUUGGGACAUCCCCGAUUGCAUCAGGGAGCUCCUCAUAGGCCUGUCACCCUACACCCACCUAGACCUGGGAAUAGCCACUUGAGCACCAAUGGGAUUAGAAGUCAACCCCUCUCAAGGAUGCCAAAUGGCCCUUCUGAUUCUCCCCAUCAAGACAAGGAUGGUCCUGUCAGACAACCACCUGUCAAAAAGCCCCCUCCUAAGCCUGUAUGGGUGGAUGUUUCUGUAUUGCCAAGAAUACCAAAAAUUAAAAGGGACAGUAUCUCCAGUGCAAAUAGUAGCAGUAGCAGUACUUUGCCUGGGUCUUCAGCAAACAGCUUAGCAGGCAAUACAGGUAGAGAACAUACCAUUGACCAACAAGGUACAGGUGCGAGUCAGCAAAACAGGACGGUGGAUUCUCAGAGGCAAAGAGCAGAUCGAACUGGUACUUCAUCAUCAUCAUUUUCCAGCUCUUUCACCUCUUCUACAUCAUCUUUUAGUGCCUCUUCAAACUCGUGUCCCUCUUCUUCUUCUGUCAGUUUCCGUAUAAAUGCUAGCGGAAACCCCUGGCAAGCACGGCGACUUCCUGCAUCAGGAGGGACUCUGCCUGGAGGUGAUGAGGAAUCAAUAAAGAGGAAUAAUAAAAGCAAACAGAUGCUGUUGUCUUUAAAAGCAAAAGCCAAAGAGGAGAAAAGUGAGAUCUAUGAUCCCUUUAACCCUACGGGGUCUGAUUCCUCUGAUAAUGAAUCAGAAAAUGAGGGUCCUGAUGUUGGCGUCCAACAUGGUGGACCUCGGGUGCCAAUUGAAGCCAGUGAGGAUGCCUGUCAUCCAAUCAAAUCUGAGCCUCUGGAUGUACACUCUGAUACAGAGAGAGGCUUGGAAAUGUGUGCAGAAGUUAAAACAGAGCCAGAAUAUUUGUGGGACAGACCAUGCAAUGAAUCUCCACAUCAUUCAGACACAAUGCAUAGUCCAUAUCCCUCAGGAGGUCCUGCUUUGGAUUCAACUAGAUGCGAAGCAGGCAUGGAUACUGGAAGUGGUGGAUCUCCAGGAAGCCCUUUUAAGAAAACUGAAGAGCACUCCAGAUCAAGCUCGUCAUGCAGUGAAAUAAAUGUUAAAGUGGAGGUGAAGUCUGAACCGGAGACUGGACCUCCACCCAUCAGGCCCCAAUCAAAGUCACUGCAAGAGUCUCAAGCCAAUCUAAAACAAGCUUAUAAAGGAAAUGGGGUGUGUAAAGAGCUACCUUCAGUCAGUGGUGCUUUUAAUUCUUCUAACACAGCUAAAGAAAAGGAGGAAAGCCCUCAGAAGGCCCAGUCCAAGGAUAGGAAGUGGCCACCAUUAAACUCGCAAAGCCUUUCAUCUAAAGACUCCCAUAAAAAGAAACACUCAAAGUUAAAAGAAAAGAGAAGGUCACGCUCAAGGUCAAGGGAUCGGCGGAGAUCGAAAGAGAGACCGCGUUCCCGCUCAAGAUCAAAAGAAAGGCGACGUCCGCGAUCAAGAGACCGGAGGUGUUCCUCGAGUUCCAGCAGCAGAGAAAGGAAGACCGGUGGGAGAAGAGUGAGUCGCGAGAGGAAUGAUAGCCGAGGGAGAGAAAGACAUCAUAAGAAGAGGUCUAAAGAAAGAAGGCACUCCCGAUCUCGUUCAUUUUCUAAAUCAAGAUCCAGAGAAAGGAGGAGAACAUCAAAGGAUCAAGGUGAGACUAGGCUUAAGAGGCAGAAGUCAAGAUCAACAUCUAGGGAGCGUAAACGGCGGGAGGAUCGAUCCGAGAUCUCUCUGCAUACAGAAAGGAGUUCCCAUAAGUCUACAGAGUCCAUGUCCACUGAAUUACAUGAGCCUGCUCUUCGUGCAAAAAAGACCACAACGCCUGGGAAGACACAGAGAGAUGCGAGACCACAUGAGUGUGAGACAACUGUUGCGUUACCAUCAGUUAAAGUUGAGAUCAAGGCUCAUGGACUUGUGUCAUCAAGUCAUGAUGACCACACCAGAACACUUGAAGAAAGCAUGGAUGAUGUUUCACUUGAGCUGCUUAAUCCUAAUGAAAUUAAACAGGAGGAACCUUGGCUCUCGGGUUCUUGCAAGGAGUUGAAAGACAUCAAAAAGGAGGAGGAAAUCUGUCUCAACUUGCAUGGAAAAUUAGAUGGCAUUAAAGAGAUUGAGAAAGAAGAGGUGACAUCUUUAGCCGUCUUCAGCAUGGAAUCACCAAAUGUUAAUGAAAUUAAAUCCGACAGUGCUGAUUUAGAGAAGAGCCAUUCUUGUUUACAGGAUGAGAUGAAAGGGCAAGAAAUGGUUGUUGAGACAAAAACAAUAAAAAUUGAAAAAAUAUGGCCUGAUGAAGAUGAUUCACCAAGCUGCAGUGAAAACCCUCUCGUCAUCAGUUUUGAAGUGCCUGACAUAGAUUCAGUGAACUGUAAAAAGAAACCCACUGAGUCUUAUCAUACACCACCUUUGGUGGAGGACAUGGAGAUGUCACCUCUUCGGCCGCCCGACCUGCCAAUUAAGCAAGAACCUGUUCUUUCCUCUGAUGAAGAUAUCAGUGUUGAUUACUUGAUUGAUAAUUUAGACUUCAUUAAGAAGGAAAUGAGUGAGAGCUCUGUGGCCGACUCAACAGAAGCUGUCGAUCCACAGUCUGCCAUCCCAGAGGCUCCAGCAGAGAAAAAACAAAUUACUGAAACAGUUACACCUGGUGCAAAGUCUAAAUCGCAGGGAAAACGAGUUACCUGGAAUUUGCAGGAACCAGUAGAACCCCAGUCUGAGAAAUUAAGCAAACUUGCACUCUUCAAAUUAAAACUCAAGCAAGAAGGAUCGCGAAGGUCUGCUACAAUCCCACAUAACCAGGAUAAAGCUUCAUCUCAGGCUGAACCAAAACUUAUGGCAUCAGCCUCCAGCCUUCCUUCCCAAGAUGAAUCCAUCAAACCAAAAUCCCGCAAAGACGUUAUACACGACCCCAAUCAGACCGAGAAGUACAUGAAGAAACUUCAUAUGCAAGAGCGAGCAAUAGAGGAGGUCAAACUGGCCAUAAAACCCUUCUACCAGAAAAGAGACAUCACGAAGGAAGAGUACAAAGAGAUUUUGCGCAAAGCCGUCCAGAAGGUGUGUCAUAGCAAGAGUGGGGAGAUCAACCCGGUGAAAGUAGCCAACUUGGUCAAAGCCUAUGUGGAUAAGUAUAAACAUGCAAGAAAACACAAGAAAGAGGAAUGUGGGCAAAUCCAGCAUGCAGACGUCCCAAAAGACACCCAAUCCCCAAUGUGAGGCCGAGGGUAACGGCUACAUAUUUUUCAGAUGGUAUCUUACACUUAAUGGUGAUCAACAGUAGAUUUCGAUGAUUUUUUGUUUUAAUUCUGUGCAUUUCUAAGACAUGGGAAACUCUUAAGGGCUCAAAAUCUUGUCAUCAGUUAUCAAAUUAACCUGUUUGAAUGUUUGUAUGUUUUCUUUUGAAUCUAAAGAUCAUCUGGAAAUGUCCAGAUCCAGAAUGGGUUACAAAUCUUUGUUUGCCACUGUUCAAACCUGCUAUUUUAAGAUGAUACGAUGAAGUUGUCAGACAGGCUCUUGCAUUGUCAGACGUGUGUGUGCAUGUAUACGUCAUAUACACACACACAAUACUCUUGAUCCUGUAGUUCCACCAUGAAUAAUUGACACUGGAGAGAAUAGUAAUUGUUUUGUGGUUAAUGAGAAUAAAAGCAUUUAGUUGAGGAACAA